AUCCCAUAAUGCACCUCGUCGCUGUCAUGGCUGCUCACUGAUGACACUUGCGGCACAUGGGCAGAAAUCUAACACAUUACAGUGAACACACGAACCUCAACACGAGUCUCACACUCACACAGAGAGCAGGUCCUGAGCGACGCGACGCUGUUUCAUUCUCCGCGGAACCGGGCACACAAGGAGCGCGAUGCUGCAGCUCGAGGCGGCGGUUCUGGGCGGAUUGAGUCUGGACUGGAAACAGAGCAGCUUCAGCACCGCAGAUGCAGGUUCAUUGCUGCAGUUGGUAUAUGAGGGAGAUUUUGAGGCCGUCCUCUUCAGCUCUGCGGUGCAGGGGCUUCUGGGAGUUUGUCCUGAAGAGGGUGACAGCAUUGAGGCCUAUCUGGAGAGACAGGUGCUGUCUUACCUGAGUGAUGCCACCGAAGAGCAGAGGAGCCACAGGGAAGUUGCUCUGUUGGCGGUGGCAGUGGGGUGUCUGAACCUUUUCGCCCAGAGUAACUGGACCGGCCCACCAGUUGAGCUCCAUGUCUCUGAUGUUCUUCCUGAAGCCCUGCUCCAGAACUUUUCUCAGCCUGCGGCCCUGAGUACAGCUCUGUUGUCCAGUCUUCAGCUGGAUGGAGAGUCUGUGUACAGUCUGGUCUCCAACCCUCUCCUGCUGCUGCUGACCAGAGUCAUCUUCGUCAACUGCGCCGCCAAACUGGAGAGCCUUCAGCUGCUGCCCUGGUGGACGCUGCGAUAUGUCGCUCUCCAUCAGCAGAUACUGGAGGAAAGAUCCCCACAGCUCCUCAACCUGAUGCUCAGCUGCAUCGAGAAAGUGUGUAAAUGUGACGAGCUGUUCAGCAGUAAUGCACACAGAAACCUGGCCAUUCAGUUCCACCUGGAGUGCAGUUAUAUCUGCCUGACCUACUAUGAGUAUCACAAGGCCAAAGAACAUCUGCAGACGGCUCGUGAUCUGUCAGGACUCGAUGUUAACAUGACAGGUGCUCUAGGGAAGCGAACUCGUUUUCAGGAGAACUUUUUGGCUCAGCUCAUCUUAGAUGUAAAGCGAAAGGACAACUCGCCCUUUUACAACUCAGAGAGUCCCUCCAGUACACCAACACCUAAAGAGCUCCUACCAAAGGACCAUCAGCUGAGCGACGAUACAGUCCUAAACCAGAUUAAUCUUGCAGAACCAUCUGAGCAUGAACUUCCAGACCUAAGCGCUGAGGAGCAAGCCUUCAUACUGGCCACAUGCACAGACUUCCAGAAGAAUAAUCCAGUUCACAAGCUGAAUGAUGAGGAGCUCCUGGCCUUCACCACGUGUUUGCUGUCUCAGCCAAAGUUCUGGGCUGUGGAAGUGACAUCUCUGUGUCUGAGGACUAAGCUGGAGAGAGGAAGCUCACGGAGAGUUGAACGUGCCAUGAUGCAAACACAGACUCUGGUGGAUUUCUUCAGUGAGAAGGACUGUCCCGUCACGGAGAGGCUGAAGAUGUUCUACAGCUGCCGGGCUCCUCCUCUCUGGGAUCUACAGAGGCAGUUGGCGAGUCUGUUGACUGAUUUGGGCCUGACUAGUUCUGCACUGCUGAUCUACGAGAGACUGGAGCUCUGGGAGGAUGCAGUUGUGUGUCUGGAGAGGAUGGGACAGCAUGGCAAGGCGGAGGAGAUUUUGAGGCGUGAGUUGGAGAAAAAGGAGACGCCGUCGCUGUACUGUCUGCUGGGCGAUGUACUGAAGGAUCCGCAGUAUUAUGACCGAGCAUGGGAGCUUUCCAAACACCGCAGCGCACGUGCCCAGCGCUCCAAAGCUCUGCAUCACCUGCGCCACAGAGAGUUCCAGCAGUGUGUGGAGUGUUUCGAACGCUCUCUACAAAUCAACUCCAUGCAGUUGGGUGUGUGGUUUUCCCUGGGCUGUGCAUAUUUUGCAUUGGAAAGCUACGAAGGAGCCGCCAGAGCUUUUCAAAGAUGCGUCGGACUGGAACCAGAUAAUUCAGAAGCUUGGAACAACCUUUCCACGGCCUACAUCAAACUGAGAGUGAAGGAGAAGGCGUUCCGCACCCUUCAGGAAGCGCUCAAGUGUAAUUAUGAGCGAUGGCAGAUCUGGGAGAAUUUCAUUGCGGUGUGCGUAGACCUGGGCGAGUUCAGUGAAGCUAUCAGAGCCUACCAUCGGCUCAUGGAGCUCAAGGACAAAUACAAGGACGUGGAGGU